UUUCAAUCUAUACUAUCUAGCUACCAACAUCGCGACGAGGUCCAAAUCAAUCUUCCAGAAUAAACCCAACAUUGACUACACACACUUCACAAUGCCCAGCCAAACAAAAAAGCAAACGAGCAAGCCUCGAGCUCGCAAGUCAAGAAGCUCAACAACCAAGCAGCAAAAGUCCAAAAGCACAAUUCUAUCAUCAUGUCUCUUCUGUCUCCGUAACCGCAGAAAAUGCGUACGAGUAAACGGGCAAGCACGAUGCUCUGAAUGCACAGCUCUAUGCCAAACUUGCCACUGGCCAAAUCUCCAGCAAAACCUUCAUCAACUAUUACACGAGAAGCAACAACUAUAUCUCCAGCGACGGUCACUAUCAAAAAGCUUACUAGAAGGCGUCAGAGACAUGGAGUUCUGCUCGUCCACGAUAGAAACACAACGGACUUUGAAGCGGUUACUAGAUGAUAUGGUUCAUGUGGAACAAAGGGCUUUUCAGCUCGAGUCGGAGGAAUCAAGACUUUGGGGUUUGAGACUCAAGGCUCAAUAUAGCGACGAUAUAGAUUCGGAGGACUCGUCUUCAAAUGAGAGUCUAUCUGAGCCAUCUCAGAGUCUCGAUUGCAACUUUGCUUUUCCUUGGGUAGAUUAAUAUCAAGACCUAUGAGCUCAGCAUAAAGUUUAUCAGUUGGUGUUGUCAUAACCCUCUAUAAUUGCAACA